GGGUGAGUCUCUAUUCCUCUCCCCAACUGAAGGAAUUGGGCGUCUUUUGUUUGUAGCAGUCAUUGUUAAGAAACUGACUGCUCUCAUCGAUGCAUUGCUUUUCUAUUUUGCUUGUAGAUGAAAAAGCUGCAGAGCUGGAGAAUCAAGCUGCAGAGCUGGCAUGGAGAAGGUUUCUGCUGCCUCAAAAUGGAGUGAAGGUGACCCUGGAUCCAGACACGGCUCAUCCCCAGCUUGUCCUGUCUCAGGACAACUGCAGUGUGAGAUGUGAAAGUGAAUGGCAGCAGGUUCCUGACACACCAGAAAGAUUUGACUACCGGUGGUGUGUGCUGGGCCAUGAGGAGUUCAGAGAGGGGAGGCACUGCUGGUUGGUGGAGGUGGAGGGAGAGCGGCUAAAGAAUUCACUGUGGGCUGUGGGGGUGGCCAGAAAAUCUGUGAAGAGGAAGGGGUAUUUCAAAAGGAGCCCUGAAGAAGGGAUCUGGGCUGUAGAGUACUAUGAGGGGCACCUCACAUCUCUCACAUCUCCUCGCACUCCCUUGUCCAUGUCCCCUGUCCCCACAAGGAUCUGGGUCUGUCUGGACUGUACCCUGGGGCAGGUGUCUUUUAUCAAUGCUGACAAUGGGGUCCAGAUCUUCACUUUCACAGCAGUCUCCUUCAAUGGGGAAAGCAUCCGCCCCUGGUUCUGGGUGGAGACAGAGGAAAUUCAGCUGUGCCUGAGGGACAGCACCCACCAGACCCCGUCCCCAGCCCUGGGUGACUCCUACUCUUCUCCAGAUACUCCUGCAUCACCUCUCCUUGGUCCUGCAGGAGCACCACAGGAAUGA